UCAGGGCAGCCUCGGGGGAGCCAGGAAACCUUACCGGGCAGCGGAUGAGGCUCGGCCGCUGCGGCCCAGGGCACCUCCCCCCGGCUUCCCGAACCCUGCCCGGUCCAACCCGAGGGGGAGGAUGGAAACAUCGGCCGCGCUCUGAGCUCCUUAGGAAGAUAACACCCUUCCGGCCAUAUCACCCCGCAGUCUUGCGGAGGCCACCGACUCGUCCCCUCCACGUCUCCAUCUCUCAGAGUGGGGCCGAGCGGAUAAGUGAGCGAUGGCGGAAAACCUGAAGAAACUGGUCUCCAACGAAUUUUUACGAUCGUUGCCUGAAAAGCUAGAGCGCUGGCAGAAGGAGUACAGCACGAACUCAUGUGAUCAAAAUCUGAGUGUUUGCCUCGAACUCAUUGAACAAGUUGCCAAAGUGCAGGGACAACUCUUUGGAAUCCUCACCACAACAGCGCAAGAAGGAGGACAUUAUGAUGGUGUGGAAGUAAUCAAAUCACGCCUUUUACCUUGGCUGGAGGCCUCUUUUACUGCUGCUUCCGUGGGAAAACCUGUUGACAGCAGGGUCCCCUCUCUACAGGACACAUUUGAUAAGGAGAAACAGAAAGAGUCUGGUGCUCGGGAUUCCCAAUUAGACUAUGAACUGAACUCAACUCGUAAUCAACUCAACCAGGUUCAAGACGAUCUGGCUGAAACUGGAAAGACUCUUGAAGAAACCAAGAACAGAUCAUCCAUAUCCCUUUUGGCUGCAGAGGAGGAAAUAAAUCAGCUAAGAAAGCAGCUGAAAUCUCUUCAAGCCCAGGAGGAGUCGCGCCACAGAAACCCAGAGCAUAGAAGUGCAACGCAUAAGAGCACAGAACAGCGCCGCACGGAGUCCAGGCGCUUGGAGUCCAGGCGUUCGGAGGUCAAGGCGGAGCCUAGGCGGUCAGAGCACAGGAGACCGGAGCAGCGGGGCUCCGACAAGCGUAGCUCCGACAAGUGGAGCCCAGAAGCCACACAAGAAUAUGAGGACCAGCCCCGAACGCUGAAGGACGUACCCCAAGGAAGGUCCACCAGGAGCCGGUCUCCUAGCCCUGCCCCUCGCAGCCGCAGCCGCAGCCACAGCCACAGCCACAGCCGCAGCCACAGCCACAGCCGCAGCCACAGCCGCAGCCGCAGCCGCAGCCGCAGCCACAGCCCCAGCCGCAGCCCCACACAUAGCCCCAUCCGCAACCGCAGCCGCAGCAGGUCAGGUAGCCCCUCUACUGCGGUGGUGAAGAUCAGGACUCCGUCUCCGAAUCGCGCUAAACUGUCCAGUGUGGCGCGCAAGGCUGCUCUCCUGUCUCGGUUCAGCGAUGCCUAUUCCCAGGCCCGCCUGGAUGCCCAGUGCCUGUUGCGGCGCUGCAUCGACAAAGCCGAGACCGUGCAGCGGAUCAUCUACAUCGCCACAGUGGAGGCAUUCCAUGUAGCCAAAAUGGCAUUCAGACAUUUCAAGAUCCGUGUGAGGAAAUCGUUGUCACCAUCUUAUGUGGGGUCCAAUGACUUUGAGGAUGCUGUCUCAGAUUAUAUCAUUUGUCAUCUUGAUCUAUAUGAUUCCCAAAGCAGUGUAAACGAUGUGAUCCGAGCCAUGAAUGUCAAUCCCAAGAUUUCAUUCCCUCCGGAAGUUGACUUUUGCCUCCUCAAUAACUUCAUCCAGGAGAUAUGUUGCAUUGCCUUUGCAAUGCAGACUUUAGAGCCACCCUUAGAUAUUGCAUUUGGGGCCGAUGGAGAAAUUUUUAAUGAUUGCAAGUACCGUCGCAGCUAUGACUCCGAUUACACUGCUCCCUUGGUCUUCUAUCAUGUAUGGCCUGCUCUCAUGGAGAAUGACACUGUCAUUAUGAAAGGAGAAGCUGUCACCAAGAGAGGGGCUUUUUGGAAUUCGGUGCGAUCUGUAAGUCGAUGUCGAAGCAGGAGUUUAAGUCCCAUCUACCCUCGUAGCCAUAUUGGUUUAAGCACGAUAUCUCGAAGCCGGAGCCCUUCUCCAAUAAGAUGUGGAUUGCCAAGAUUUUAAAACCACCAGACGUGUUCCUUUGCCACAGAACAUCUGCAACAGCCAGCCUCCCCAGUGCCUCCAUCUACCUGAGUGUCGCCUCAGACCUCACUUAAGAUAAUGUGAAAAGGCAAUUCUGUGUAUCACUCCACACAGAGAGUUAAAUGUUUUGGCUUAGUGCAUUUGUAACUUCAGAUAUAUUGCAUUUUAUUUUAUUUUAUAGAUACAGAUUCCAUUAAUUUGAUAAAAACGAUUGCCUAGGUGUUUAGGAUCAUAUUCAUUUGAAGCAGAGUUUAUUAGACAGGUUCAGGUUUUUCAUGCUCAAGUACUAGGCCCUUUUAUAGCAACUAUAUGAACAAAAAUGGAAAACCUGUACCAUUCUGAGUCCAAAAGACAAGAGGAGUCAUUUUAGUUUAUGAAUUGAUCAUAAUUAUCAUUGCUGGUAUUAGCUUUAACUUGAAAAUAAUAUUGGUGUUUUAAUUUCCUUUUAAAGUUUGGAAGACGUCCCUAAUCUCAGAGUGGGGAAAGCAUAGUGGUAGCAGUGACUUCAGGCUAAAGUAGAUGAUGAUGAUGAUGAUUUAACACACUGUAGUUCAUUGUCGUGCUUCUCUUUUUCUACAUUGAGUACUCAGUUUGGUUUAGUUGAGUGCCGUGUGUCAAAGCUACUUACUUGAGAGAAUUUUCUUGCUUUAGUCUAAAUGCAAAGCAGUGAUUUGGAGAGAAGCCAGCUUUGAGAUAAAUGUUGAUUACCUUGUGUUUAUCUCCUGGGAAGAUUUCAGAUGGUUUUAAUGUACAUGUUGAAUAUAAAAGCUACAUGGGAAAUGCUCUUUACCUAUUCCACCUAGUUGUUUACAAAUUCAGACAUCCUAAGAGCUCUAUCUGACUAAAAUACUUAAAUUCAAGGCCUAAAGCACCAUUUAUUGAUUUUAAAUUGAACAUACAUCCCUCGAUUUCUUCCCUGUGAAGUACUGUUGAAAGUUCAAGAUAAUAACGGAAUGUGGCUUUCUCAAGAUAAGUAGUAGUUUUUCUGCUUAUUUAUUAUUAUAUUUUUUUACUUUAAAGCCAGCCUUAAAACAAGCCUUGCCAAAGGGACUUUCUCUGGGAGCCUUUGAGAGAGAAACUCUAAAUUGGCCACAGCUCCGUUUGUACCAGCUUAGUGCCAUAACCGGCACCCGAGGCUUUGCAGGUGAAAAAAUCCCAAACUUCUCUAAAGCAUUUUGUCCCUUGUGAUGGAAGAUAAAGAUGAGGGAGAGACCAUCUCAGUCUCUGCCCCUUGGGUCAACGGGUCACUAACUUAUUUUGAAGUGUGAAGGUCAUUUUUCUCCCUCUGUGUAUUUGUGUUGUCGCCACAUUGAGGCAAUGCAAUGUGCUAUAAGGAGAACUUGGUGUCCAGGUAGCUCCGUUUCUGAUUUGGUCAUCACCUUCAUUUGCGGCCUUGAGCAAGUUACUUCACCUCUCUGAGCCUUAGUUUCAUUGGAAAGUGAGGAGGUUGAAUGAGCUUAGUGGUCCUCUCAGCCCUCGCAGACUCAGAGCUCCCUUUUAAAACGAAUAUUUUAUUCUCACUAUUCUGAAAUGAAAUUCGAAGUUAAUAUGAUCUAUGUUGCAUAUAUACUUUGAAAUGGUACAGUACUCUAAUGUUAAGCAGAAAAAAAGCAGUUUUUAAUAAAAUAAAAUGUAGUUCAGUUAAAAAGCUUCGGUCUAACCAUCCUAGAAGAUAAAAUUAAGUCAUCUUGUGCUUGCACCUGAAUGUGGAUCAUGAUGCAGAUCAAUGUGUGUUGUGUUGGCAACAUCAGUGUUAUCAUUAGAUAUGAUUUUCUGAAAUGGCGAACAACUCUUGGUAGAAUUUUGAACAAAUAUCUUACAGUUUUGCCUUGACUUUCAUAGUAAGUGCAUUCUUCUAAAAUUUCACUAAGUUAUGAGAAUGCCUACAUAUCAGAAUAUUUUUUUAGGAUUAGAAUGCAGACGUGCAUGCCCUGAUUUGGAAAAGGGUCACCUGUAAUUCAGUUUAUUUUUUCUGUACUCUGGCCACUUGCCAUUUUACAAGUCUCUAAUUUGAAUUGUAACCUCACAGGGAAUGGUGAAUAGUCUAGAAUAAUUUUUGGAAAGGAACCACAAAACCAAAGGAAAUUGACCUCUACUCAUUUCCUCUGGGCAUGAACCUUAACCAUAAUGGCUUAACCUUAAAAGCUCUUAACUUCAUAAUCUGGGUAAAUGUUAUUUUCUGUAUUUUUGGUUUAAUAUCUAAUAAUAAAAUUGAGAAAAAGA